GGUGAUUUUCAGUAAUUCGGCUGAGCAGUGUCUAGAUAUAUUGAAAGAAUAGAAAACCUCUUGCUAAUUAUAUUAGACUUCAUAAAUCGACAAUGAACAGGAUUUGUGUUGAAUAAUCUCAUUUAAUAACACUGUAUAUUAAUGCUCACAUCACAGGACAUGUCCGUAUACCAGAGUUGGGGUUACCGCAGGUGCGAAUAGCACACCCUGAGCAUGUGACAGAAGUGAUUCAAAACAUCAUAAAAGAUGGAUGUGACAAGCUACAGGUGACCGCUGAUUUUGAUUUCACAUUGACCAAAUUCAAAGCAAAUGGCACACGGUGUGCUGGCACCCAUAGUGGUGGCAGAUUUUGAUAGAACUCUAUCCAAAUAUUCACACCAAGGCCAAAUCUGCUCGACCUGUCAUAAUGUUUUAGAAGAGGGACAUGUCCUGCCUGAAUUCUACAAAGAAGAGGCUAGAGCACUUAGAGAUCACUAUUUUCCAAUUGAGACAAAUCCAAACUUAACAAUAGAAGAGAAAAUUCCAAUAAUGGUGGAAUGGUGGACAAAGGCCCAUGAUUUAUUUGCAAAGUGUGACAUGAAAAAAGAUGAUGUCAGAGUAAUGGUGGAAAAUUCCACAGCCAAACUUAGAGAUGGUUGUACAUGGUUUUUUGACCAGUUACAUGCUAAUGAAAUUCCACUGCUUAUCUUUUCUGCUGGUAUUGGUGAUGUCAUCAUCGAAGUCAUCAAACACCAAGCCACUCUCCAUGACAACAUGAAGAUCGUGUCCAACUAUUUGGAGUACGAUGCUCAGGGCAAUAUGACAGGUUUCCAAGAUGACUUAAUUCAUGUGUUUAACAAGAAUGAGGGAGCGAUACACGAUUCCGAUUACUUCCAGAACGUAGAACAUCGUAACAACGUCAUCCUGAUGGGUGACUCUCUAGGAGACCUGCACAUGGCUGAUGGGGCCAUUGGGGUCAAAAACAAACUCACAAUAGGAUUUCUUAAUGUUAAGGUUGAAGAAAGUUUGGAGUUGUACAUGAAAAAGUAUGAUAUCGUUAUCAUAGAGGAUGAAACUUGGAACGUUGCAAAUGCAAUUCUUCGUAAGGUGCUACAGAACAGAACUAGAGAGUCACAAUGAUGCUUGUGUCACUGUAAAUCUCAGUCACGCUGAUGCUUGUUGUGUCACUCUGUAAAUGGGUGGGAACCAGGGUCUUUCAUUGCACUGUGAACUUGUAUGUAAGUGUGUUCAAGUCACAUGGAAUGAAUGGUGUUACUUCUUGUAGGUAGAGUGAUUUAUCCCUGUCUGAUUUUAGGAAAAUUGCCCCAAUUUUACUGGAGAGUAGUACUACAUGUAUUAAAAAUGUGGUAUUACUGUUGAAUGACAAUGAUUUUCAAACAAUUUUUUAUAACAUUGUUGAUUUUUUAACUAUGCAGCUAUUUACUGUAUUGUUUAUAGUCUCCGUCUAAGCUCAGAUCUGACAUCCUUUUUAAACUGUAAUUAGUUAAUUAUAGAUAUUGCCACAUAUACAGAGUACAGUUAAUUCUUGUCAUUCAUUUCAUCAUUAUUUUCACUUUAGCGCCACAUUUUGUCAGGAACGUUUUUUUUCCUGCCAUUUAAAUUUUUCGUUAUAACACCAAAUUCACAUACUAUCAUUUGCCUCCCUGUUUUGAGAACAAUCCAUAUUAGGGUGUCUAAUGUCUCAGUAUUCUCCCAAAGGUAUGUGAUUAGUUAAAUUGUUAAUAAAUGGUCGCCUUAGAUCUCCACUGAACUGCCAGCAGUAGGCCUAGUAGUUUAGGUAUCUUUUGUUGUUGUUGAAAACUUCAAUAAUCAAGAUCAUUGUUUGAUAAGGAUUAGUGUUGUUUUCUGUUGGAAGAAAUUUUAGGUUUCAGUUAUGCAUCAUUACAAAAACAGGUGCUCUCAAUAUUGGAUGAAACAAGUGAAUAUGUGCAUAUCCGUGUGAUUGUGCAAAAUUUGCUUGGAAAAUGUAUUCAUUUGGUUUCUGUGAAAGUCAGAAUGACUAUUCUGACAAGUGACAAUAGAAGUAACAAUACUUUCAUUCACAAGACAGUAUUCUAAAUAACGUGAGAAAAAAUAUGAAAAGACUUUACAUGGAUCGUAAUGGUGAUAUUUCUUAUUCAAUGGUGGAUGCAUUUUAUUAUUCAACGAAGUAUUUUACUUGCAAUGAAUAUGCAUAAUAAAUGUAUGGCAAUUUGAUAUGCAUGAUUUAAAAAAUAUUGAUUGAUGGGGUCUAUAUUAAUUUCAUAGCCAAAUUUGUUAUACUGCCACAUUUUUCUUAAUUGCAAAAGGUGGCAGUUUAACAAGAAUUAAAUGGAUAUUUUGUAUUGAAUCAGUUCAAUAUUUACAUGCUCAAAGUCAAUGAUAUCUUUAAGUUUAGUAUUCUUACAAAAAAUAAUUAUAUGCAAGAUUUGGCUACUGUGGUUGUACUAUUGGCAAGUAUUGAUAAUUCAUCAAUGGUUACUGUAAUAAGAAAAAAAAAUUAUUUUGAUUAUCAUGAUGGUGUUUUCAAUUCUAAAACGCAUAAAACAAUGUGUUAUGCCAGGGUUUGAGAAUCGUAUAACUACGAAACGAAAUCCAUGUGCUCUGACAGUCCAUCACUUUGUACAUUUGUACUUGGUUAUCUCAUUGUAUUUUGUUUUGUCAAUUUUAUUUGUUUAUGGAAAAUAUACCAUACAAUGACUUAGGUUUUUCCCCACAGAAUAUUUUAGAAAAACAUCCUACCCGGACUGCCAGUAUGACAAAUAUCUGUAGUACAGUAUCUGUUUAUACAGUAAUUAUAUAUUUCUUAUUCAUACUGUUUGACAUAUCAUUGUAUACUUUUACUUAAUGAAAUGAUUCUGUACCCCCCACUACAUUGUAUAUACCAUACCCCAGCAAUAAGAAAACCAUUACAUAUUUUGUACUGUUACAACCAAAAACUAGAAUUGUGACUUACAUGAAGUUUUAAAAGUGUGUGUCAAAAAUUUAUCUGAUUUUUCGUUUCAGUACAAUGUUUUAGUAACUCGUACAUUAAAUGUUUUACCCUAUUCUACAAACAAAAAA